CAGAGGCUCCUCGGGCUGCUUCAUAAGGGAAGCCGAGAGUGAUGGCGGCUGCUGCCCUGCAGCCAGGGGAGAACUGGCCUGCAUCUGCGGCUCCCUUCCCCGCUCCUUGGGGGCUUGGACACAAUCCGCCAGCACCGCGCCUGUGGUCUGCAAGCGGAGCAGGGCCUGGCCGCUGCGUGCUGGUGCCUGGCCGGGGCGGGGAGCUGCCCUCCCAGGGCGUCUGAAGCCCAGCCGUUCUGCUGCUGCCAGCUGGGCAGCCCGGGGGCUGUUCAGGGCUGCCUCUGGGCCCUGCCCUGGGGAGGAGGAGGGUGGGCCUGUCUGGCUUGGAUGGAGAGCUGCCACCGGGGCCCCAGUUGGAGCGGUGCCCCCGCAGCUGCCGAGGGACGAGGCUUCUUCCGCCGCUGCUGGCAAAGGGCUCCCGUUCCUCUGGCACGGAGAGGGGCUUGUCCCUGUGCCCAGGAAGCCGGGUGCUGCUGCUGCUGCUGCUGCUCUGUGAAAACAGCGGCUGGCUCUGGGGAGUGGGCCCCUGGGAUUGGGGUUUCCGGAGUAGGAGCAGCACCCCUCCCUUUCUCUCCCCACCAGGAGGCCGGCAACAUGACGGAGGGCUUUGACUGUGCCAGCUGCAAGGAGUCCCUCUACGGGCGCAAGUACAUCCAGGUGGACGAAGGCCCCUUCUGCAUCCCCUGCUACGACACCCACUUUGCCAACACCUGUGAGGAGUGCAAGGAGCCCAUCGGGCACGACUGCAGGGAGCUGUACUACGAGGACCACCACUACCACGAGGGCUGCUUCCGCUGCGUCCGCUGCGACCGCUCCCUGGCCGACGAGCCCUUCACCUGCCAGGGCGAGGAGCUGCUCUGCAACGACUGCUACUGCCGGGAGUUCUCCUCCCAGUGCGUGGCCUGCCAGCAGGUGGUCAUGCCAGGCUCCCGGAAGCUGGAGUACGGCGGGCAGACGUGGCACGAGCACUGCUUCCUCUGCAGCAGCUGCCAGCAGCCCAUCGGGGCCCGCUCCUUCAUCCCCGACCAGAAGGACUAUUACUGCGUCCCCUGCUACGAGAGCAAGUUUGCCCCCCGCUGCACCCGCUGCAAGAAGUCGCUGACCAAGGGGGGCGUCACCUACCGGGAUGAGCCCUGGCACAAGGAGUGCUUUGUCUGCACGGGCUGCCGGGCGCCCCUGGCUGGCCAGCAGUUCACCUCGCAGGACGACCAGCCCUACUGCCUCAAGUGCUUCGGGAGCCUCUAUGCCAAGAAGUGCAGCGCCUGCACCAAGCCCAUCACGGGCUUUGGAGGGGGCAAGUAUGUCUCCUUCGAAGACCGCCACUGGCACCACAACUGCUUCGUCUGCUCCCGCUGUGCUGCCUCGCUGGUGGGGAAGGGCUUCAUCCCUGAAAACGAGGAGGUCUUGUGCCGCGACUGUGCCAGCGACCUCUGAGGCCCCCGCCAGCCUCCUCUGCGUGCCAAAAUCCCCUCCUGCAGCCAGCGGGGCAGGGAGGCCGCCCUCUCCCCCGGCCCAGGGGCUGCCUCUGCUUCCUCGCAGCCUGGGCUCAACUUGGCCAAGACCCACCUCCGCCAGCCUGCUCCCCCCCCCACACCCAGCCCCAGGGCUUAGGGCCAUUCGGCUGCCCCACAUUUCCCUGGGACUUCUGUCCGGCUGUCCCCAGCAGCCGCGCUGUGGGGUGGGAGGCAACUCACCCCCCCACUCAGGGCCACAGACUACCCUGAGGGUCCAGGAAGGCACUUAGCAGGGAGAGCCCUCUUCUUCGUGCUCCCAGCCUGGGGGAGCGUGUGCAUCUGGGCCUCGGGGUGAGGGUGCCCGUGUCCAGCCUGGGGCUUGAGAGGGUGACCCAUUUGCUGGGGCAAGCAACUUCAAGCCCCCCCCCACCCCCACCUGCCCCAGCAAGAGUCUUUUCCUCCGGCUUGCCCUGUGGUUCAUUAACUAACUAGCAGUGACCCCCCCCCCUCUUGGGGUGGGGCAGGCCAAGAAAAAGGGACAGAACCCACAGCUGCCUCCGUUCUCCCCACACCCCUCCUCCCAUUACUAUGUAACAAAUGGUCCUGCUGGGAACCGGGAAGGGGCAGCAGCCCAGGGGAGGGGAGGCCGGAGGAGACCUCUGGAGACAGACUCCUCUCCAGGGCCCCAGUUGCUGCUGCUGCUGCUCUUUCCCCCAGGCAGGUGGGGAGCCAGCAGUGACAGGGCAGCCCCCCCCGCUAGUUCCACUCACUAGAGUCUUGCUAACUGCCCCAACCGGCCCCUCCUGGGCUUGUCCCCAAUGGGGAAAACUUCCCGGCGCUUCUAACCGGGGUUCUUUUCCACUUGGGUUUUCCCUUCUGUCCCUCCGCCCAGGGAGGGAGCGGGGAGCAAGGGAACGCCUCCCCCCUCCAGGAAGGUGGUGGUGGUGGUGUGUGUGUGUGUGUGUGUGUGCGCGCGCCCUGUUAACGAACCACGUAGCCAGCCUCUUGGAUGCUUGGCUGUGGGGGAGGCGAGUGUGUCUGUGUUUCUGGGGGAGGCGGGGACCUCCUCUGGCUCUGCCGACAUCUGCUCCGUGUGUGCCUCUUUCCCCCCUCUGACUUUGUAUAAUAAACCUUUUUAAUGGA